AUGGCCGCCAGAACAGUUUCAAAGAUUGUCACAGCAAGACAACAAGCCGAAGGUGUUGGAGCUACAGUUCGUAGAUCCAUUGGUAUCAUCAACCAGAGAAAUUUCAAUCCAUUUUUAAUGUUUGAUCACUUUUCAAGCUCCGGCACCAAUGGUUUCCCUGAACAUCCACAUAGGGGACAAGAAACAAUUACAUUGAUAUUGCAUGGUGCUAUGGCCCACGAGGAUUUCACAGGAUCCAAGGGUAUUCUAUAUGCUGGUGAUUUGCAAUUUAUGACCGCUGGUAAAGGUGUAGUUCAUUCCGAAAUGCCAGUGCCUAAUGAGGAUGGUUCUCCUACUGUUGGAUUACAAUUGUGGGUGGAUUUACCAAAUGCUUUGAAAGAUGCUAAACCAAGAUAUAGAGAUUUAAGAGAAUGGGAGAUUCCUGAGGUUAAAGCUGACAAUGGAAAGGUUACAGUUAAGGUUAUUAGCGGUAAAAGUUAUGGUGUUGAGUCUAUCAAAGAUUUGGCAUACACACCAAUCAACUACUACUACUACAAGGUUAGAGCUGGUGGAGAAUUUAAACAGGAAUUACAGAAAGGAUUCAAUUACUUCCUAUACGUCUUGAAAGGUAAUCAUUUGGUUUUAAACGAUGAUACUAAAGUUGAUGAGUUUCAAAAUGUAUUUUUCAACGGGGAAGGUGAUCACAUUAGUGGAAAGAACACCGCUAAUUCCGAUACAGAUGAAAAUGAACUAGAGUUCAUCUUGGUUGGUGGUAAGAAAUUGGACCAGGAAGUUGUUCAAUAUGGUCCAUUUGUUCUCAGUUGUAAAGAAGAUGUGCAAAAGGCAAUUCUUGACUAUCAGUUUGCUCAAAAUGGGUUUGAAAAUAUCAAGACUUGGAAAACUUUGAUAAGUAAUGGAGUCACUCCUGAAAUGAUUGAAGGUCCGUUGGAAGGUAAUCUCGAGGCUAGAGAAAAGAAGAGGGCGGCAUAUUUGGAACACAAGAAACAGAUCGAAACUGAAACAGGACCCACUCCUGCAAAGGAUGAACUUUAA